AUGCAUAGGCAUUUGUUUCUUCAAAUUGUAGAAGCCCUUGGAAAUCAUGAUGAAUGCUUUCAAAUGAGGAUCGACGCAACUGGUAAAAUGUGUCUUUCACCAUUGCAAAAGUGCACUUUUGCUAUUCGUAUGUUGGCAUAUGGAUCUUCCACUGACAUUGUAGACGAAUAUAUUCGAAUUGGUGAAAGCAUUGCAAUUGAGUGCUUAGAGAGAUUUGUAAGGGACGUGAAUGAGGUAUUUGGGGCCGAGUAUUUAAGAAGGCCUAAUAACAAUGAUGUUGAACAUCUUUUACAAAUGGGGGAGUCACGUGGAUUUCCAAGCAUGCUAGGUUCCAUGGAUUGUAUGCAUUGGGAAUGGAAGAAUUGUCCUAUUGCAUGGAAAGGACAAUUUUUUCGAGGUGAUCAUGGUAAAUCUACGAUCAUGCUUAAAGCAGUGGCAUCACAAUACUUAUGGAUUUGGCAUGCAUUUUUUGGUAUUGCAGGUUCAAAUAAUGACAUUAAUGUGCUAGACCAAUCCAUUAUGUUUAACGAUAUUUUGGAAGGACGUGCUACUAAUGCAAUAUACAAUCAAUGGGACUCCAUAUAA